AAAAUUUGAUUAAAGGUUUACAAUUUCUUCAAAUUAAAGAGAAAUAUAAUAUCUCAGAAAUAGCAUUUAAUGAAAUUCUUAAAGUUUUAGAAAUUUCUGAUGUUUCUCUUUAUAAACUUCAAAAAUUCCUUAGAAAUCUUAUACUACUAAAACCAACAUUUGUAGAAUAUUGUAUUAAUUCAUGUAUAGCAUUUACUGAUGAAUAUACUAAUAAGAAAUUCUAUUUAGAAUAUAAAGAAUCAUAUUAUAAAUCUAAUGUAACACCUCAAAUGCCUCAAAAAAAACUACUUAUUGGUUACUUAUAG